GUUACAUUUUAGAGUGUAGUCUAGACCAGAGAAGUGUAAAAAAAAUGGACAAAACUCAAAAAUGUAUAGCUCUGAGCCCGGUUCUCCCAAAAGCAUCUUAAUAAGGCCAGGCAAGUUCAUUUUGGGAACCCGGGCCCCGGUCCAGAUUGAAUCCUCAGGGUGAACCACACGCGUGCGUACGGCGUGCCAUAAACAGUAAACACUUCCUGCCAAAUAGUGGUCCCUAACAACAGACAAAGCGGUGUGGAAUCAAUACGAAGCCAUUCAACAACAACAACAAAAAAACACAUUACCCCAAUGUGUCCAGACGGCCUCCCCAAGAAGUAGAGAGUAGAGACAUGUCAGGAGGAAGUGGCUCAGCGCAUAUGGACGACUCGCAGGACCUGCCUGACUUGCCGACCAAGAAGGCCAGACAUGAGCUGGACGUUGGACUGAACCAAGAGCCAAGGGGACUACGUGAUGACCAGAUCCCUCCUACUCUCUUCGGCUCAGGAGAUCAGGACAAUUCAUACUCUACGUUGUCUAAUGCCCAGCUUGAUGGAGCGGUGGCCAGCAGAGCGCUCACCACAACAACAGCCUCUGAAUAUAACUCCCACAUCUACCAAGGAAGCAGACCAACAGUCACAUCCUACACCACCAGCCAGGGUGCCUUUCCUCCUCUGGCCCAGGCUACAGUCUACACUGCCUUCCCUCAGGCAGGACAGACCCAGGCUACAGUCUACACUGCCUUCCCCCAAGCAGGACAGACCCAGGCUACAGUCUACACUGCCUUCCCCCAAGCAGGACAGACCUACGGCCUCCCACCAUUUGGUGCUAUGUGGCCAGGUAUUAAGUCAGAGACUGGGCUGCCUGAUGCAGCACCCUCUGUUGGCCAGCCUGGGUUCCUCAGCUUCAGGUCAGCAUAUACCUCAACCCAGCCAGACCCAGGCCAUGUGCACUGCUCAUACCCCAGCCAAGGCAAGCAAUCUAUCUCACUCAGUGCUGGAAAAGACUUAUCGUCACCUGGUCAGUCUGUCAUGGAAAGAGCAGGUGUUCUUGAUAUUUUGUCCACUCCGUGUAGAGGGAAUUGUGGAAAAGGGAUCUCAUUUGGGAUGCACCCUUGUUGUUUCACACUGAUCUUCAUGUCUCGUCUCUGUGUGUUUGUCCUGCUGCAGGAGUUCAGCAGCUAUAACAUCAACUCUCUGGGCCAGACCCAGUUCCCUCAGUACUACGCCCCGCCCCUUAGCUACCUCCCUGCCGGGCUGCCCAAUGGCGAAGAGAAUGGAUCCAGUAUGGGUGUGGCCGGGUAUCCAGCUAUAAAGACAGAGGGCAGUGCCUUGGCUGGACUGCCCAGCACUACAGAUACAUGCCCACGUGAGAACCUCCCGACCGGCGUAGCCCUGCCUACAGGUGUGGCCCUCCCCACGGGGGCCCUGGACCAGGACGAGGCGGGGAGGAGGAACCCUGCUGGGAAGGCCAAGGGGAAGGCCAAGAAAUCAGACAGCAACCAGCCUACUGACGCUGACCUGGAGCGAAUCUUUCUGUGGGAUCUGGAUGAAACGAUCAUAAUUUUCCACUCUCUGCUCACUGGGUCCUUCUCUCAGAAGUUUGGCAAGGACUCCGACACUGUGCUGAACCUGGGCCUUCAGAUGGAGGAGCUGAUCUUUGACCUGGCAGACACACACCUCUUCUUCAAUGACCUGGAGGAGUGUGAUCAGGUUCAUGUUGAAGACGUAGCCUCUGAUGACAACGGACAGGAUCUGAGCGCCUACAACUUCCUAGCGGAUGGCUUCCACAACCCCAGUGGUGUAGGCGCCGCCACAGGAGUCCAGGGCGGGGUGGAGUGGAUGAGGAAACUGGCCUUCCGUUAUCGUCGCCUGAAGGAGAUCUACAACGGAUACAAAGGGAACGUGGGAGGCCUGCUGAGUCCCAUGAAGAGGGAGCUGCUCCUCCGGCUCCAGUCUGAGAUGGAGAAUAUGACGGACGCCUGGCUCAGCACAGCACUCAAAUCCUUGCUGCUUAUCCAGUCCAGGGGUAAGUGUAUGAAUGUCCUGGUGACGACCACCCAGCUGGUGCCUGCUCUGGCCAAAGUGUUGCUCUAUGGUCUUGGGGAUGUCUUCCUCAUAGAGAACAUCUACAGCGCUACCAAGAUAGGGAAAGAGGGCUGCUUUGAGCGCAUCGUCUCUCGUUUUGGGAAGAAUGUGACCUAUGUGGUUAUUGGAGACGGCCGUGAUGAGGAAUUCGCGGCAAAACAGCACAACAUGCCUUUCUGGCGUAUCACCACCCACGGGGACCUGGUAUCCCUCCAUCAAGCCCUGGAACUAGACUUCCUGUAGAACGGAAGGAAUGGAGGUUAAGACACAAAGGGAAACGUGUGUGUGUGUGUGUGUGUGUGUGUGUGUGUGUGUGUGUGUGUGUGUGUGUGUCCAACCCUUCUGUUCGCUUGUGGAGUGACAUUAUAAGCUGAGUGUCCUCAGCUCCACACCAGCCCUCAAACUCACACACCCUUUACACACCUGCUGGCUGUAGUCUGUCGCUCUUUUCCCUGUGUGAUGGCCGUGGACUGAUCUGUGGUGGACUUUGGGGUGGCAGUGGCUGGGAAGCAGACUGGACAGACAGACCUACUCUCUGAUGUAGAGCUCCUCUCAAGCAACACUCUCCAUAUGGCAGCUAUCCUCCAAAGACUGAGCCUGAUCACUGGGGCAUAGCAGCAGCGACCGACCGACGCCGACAGGCAGGACAUGACUAAAAAUGAAGACCGUUCCCAUAUCCCUCUCUGAAGUGUCUGUAGUCUCUGGCUCCACAACCCACAGGCUGUUUUCCUCUGUUCUCUCUCUGACUUGCAUCCCAAAUGGCACCCUAUUCCCUAUGUAGUGCACUACAUUUGAUAGGGCCUAGUGCUCUCAUCAAAAAUUGGUGCACUACAUAGGGAAAAGGGUUCCAUUUGGGCCUCUUGUUAGUGGAUCGACUAAAGCAAAAGGUCUGCAGCCCUGUCUGGCAUCCCGGACGGACCCUUCUGGUUGUUUAGACCUUACACUUUUACUAUUUUUCCAAAUUCUCUUUCUGUAGGGUAGCUAUUCAUGAAAGUACAAUGUCACUUCGAAUGUUUUUUAUAAUUUGUAGUUUUAAAAGGUUGUUUUGCAUUCCAAAUGACUUGAGGUAUCAUUGAUUAGGGUUGGUAAUAAUUUUAGUCUUUUCAAAGCAUAUGAUUGGAUGACUACUUAAGAAUGACCUUCAAUUGACCUUCUGGAUGUAACCUUUCCACUAGUUCACUAACAGUACUGACAUGUUCUCCAUAGACACCUCCGCUGUCCUGACCUCUCCACUGUGUCACGGGCUUCAACAGCCUAACCGACUUCUGUGCUCUUUUUUACAUAAACUGAUGUGUGGUCAGAAUGACUCAAUGAAGACCCUAACAAACCUGUAUUCCACUGCAUGGUAUCAAGGACGCCAGGUUACUAUGUAGUUAAUCAUAAGAACAGCCAAUCCAGGCGUUUUCUGUGAGAAACAGCCAAUCCAGGCGUUUUCUGUGAGAAACAGCCAAUCCAGGCGUUUUCUGUGAGAAACAGCCAAACCAGGCCUUUUCUGUGAGAAACAGCCGAACCAGGCCUUUUCUGUGAGAAACAUCCGAACAAGGCCUCUCUGUGAGAAACAGCCGAACCAGGCCUUUUCUAUACAUUUACAUCUAAGAAACCAAGGAUGGGCCUUCGAAACAAUGUGCAUCUUCAUCCGCGUGACGCUGAUGUUCACACAUGUCAUCAUAACCUGUGGAAGAAACCCUCCCCUUGGAGUAGCUGUUCCUCAGAGCACAACCCUCCCCUUGGAGUAGCUGUUCCUCUGAGCACAACCCUCCCCUUGGAGUAGCUGUUCCUCAGAGCACAACCCUCCCCUUGGAGUAGCUGUUCCUCAGAGCACAACCCUCCCCUUGGAGUAACUGUUCCUCAGAGCACAACCCUCCCCUUGGAGUAGCUGUUCCUCAGAGCACAACCCUCCCCUUGGAGUAACUGUUCCUCAGAGCACAACCCUCCCCUUGGAGUAGCUGUUCCUCAGAGCACAACCCUCCCCUUGGAGUAGCUGUUCCUCAGAGCACAACCCUCCCCUUGGAGUAGCUGUUCCUCAGAGCACAACCCUCCCCUUGGAGUAGCUGUUCCUCAGAGCACAACCCUCCCCUUGGAGUAGCUGUUCCUCAGAGCACAACCCUCCCCUUGGAGUAGCUGUUCCUCAGAGCACAACCCUCCCCUUGGAGUAGCUGUUCCUCAGAGCACAACCCUCCCCUUGGAGUAGCUGUUCCUCAGAGCACAACCCUCCCCUUGGAGUAGCUGUUCCUCAGAGCACAACCCUCCCCUUGGAGUAACUGUUCCUCAGAGCACAACCCUACAUGUCUUUGAAUUCCUGCAAAAGAGACUUAAAAGCAGUUGGCUGGAAGGGAUGGCACAAUCACACACGUUAUAUUAAAUAUUAUAUUAAAUACAGUGGAAUUGUUAUCUGUUAUUGGUCAAUACUGGAAAUGAUGUUAAGACCAAGAAGUCACGGGAGAUUUGUCUGGCCAAGAUUUCCUCACAACAUGACAGAUAAUUAGCAUCACAAAGAUCACGUGUUGUCAUUGAUAAAUGGAAAUGUUUCUGUGUCUCUGUUGUAGAAUCGAUCUCUAGUUGAUUUUCCUCCAUUUGAAUCGUGAGGGUCACACAAAACUCCAUUAUUUCAUAGUGGGGGUGUAUUGGGACCUCUAAAUGUGCCAUUGAUUGUACAGGACCGGCUGCCCAAAAAAUAUUGGCCUACUGCCACUGUGUAGCCAGUCAGUCUACCCUUGUCAUUAGGGUAGACUGGGGGGAGGGGGGGGCAGCAGCAUGUAGCUGGUCAAGAGGUGGUUAGAGGGUUGAUGUUAUGAAUCCCUGGUCCAUGUGAGAUUACAAUUGAACAAUACUGAGCCCGACGAUGCCGAUCAUUUUGACACUUACGGCUUGACCAGUAAGAAUGUUUUUCUUGUGUAUGUCUUUGUGUGUCUGUAUAUAUGCAUACUGUGCCUUUUUUCUCAACAUUCUCUAUUAUUAUAUAUAUAUACAUGCGUGUGUGUGUGUGUGUGUGUGUGUAUAUACAUGCGUCAUCUCUACAGGAAAUACUUCAGAUGUGUUAAACACAUGAUCAAACAUGGUUGUUACACACUUGAGUUGAAGUGUUUAAUUUUCCGACACCUACUUUUUUUUUAUACCGUUAUUCAUCUGCUGAAACCUUUUCUUUAACCAUCAGUAACCAUUUCCGUGUUGCUAUGUGAUUUAAAAAUAUAUAUUUUCUCUCCCUUACAGUUCAGUUUUUAUUUCUUGUUUUGAUUUGAUUGUCCUGUCGAUACAUACAUGCUGAAAUGCUCUGCUCUCAAGACGAGUCACAGCCGAAAUGCUCUGCUCUCAAGACGAGUCACAGCCGAAAUGCUCUGCUCUCAAGACGAGUCACAGCCGAAAUGCUCUGCUCUCAAGACGAGUCACAGCCGAAAUGCUCUGCUCUCAAGACGAGUCACAGGCGAAAUGCUCUGCUCUCAAGACGAGUCACAGGCGAAAUGCUCUGCUCUCAAGACGAGUCACAGGCGAAAUGCUCUGCUCUCAAGACGAGUCACAGGCGAAAUGCUCUGCUCUCAAGACGAGUCACAGGCGAAAUGCUCUGCUCUCAAGACGAGUCACAGGCGAAAUGCUCUGCUCUCAAGACGAGUCACAGGCGAAAUGCUCUGCUCUCAAGACGAGUCACAGGCGAAAUGCUCUGCUCUCAAGACGAGUCACAGCCGAAAUGCUCUGCUCUCAAGACGAGUCACAGCCGAAAUGCUCUGCUCUCAAGACGAGUCACAGCCGAAAUGCUCUGCUCUCAAGGCAAGUCACAGGCGAAAUGCUCUGCUCUCAAGACGAGUCACAGGCGAAAUGCUCUGCUCUCAAGACGAGUCACAGCCGAAAUGCUCUGCUCUCAAGACGAGUCACAGCCGAAAUGCUCUGCUCUCAAGACGAGUCACAGCCGAAAUGCUCUGCUCUCAAGGCAAGUCACAUCCUUGUCCACUAAGUCAGAGCAUCCUUUUCCAUGUUGAAACCUGACUUCACCUUUUUAGUUUAUUUUUUUUAUUUUUUAUUUUUUUUGAAUCGCUGUGUCUUGGAUUCACUGCUUAGACAAUCACAUCUCAAUCACUUGGGGUCCAGAUCCACCAUUCCCCUGGUGAAACAUAUAAAGUAGUCUGUAACAGCACCACUAUGGGACAUGAGAGAAAUAGUAAGCAUUGUAAAAUUAUGAAUUAGAUUAUUUGGAAUAGAAGGGGUAUCUUGGACAUGGAAUUUUGUAAAGUUGACAAGACAGACCGGUGUCUUUAAUUGACUGACUGCACAUUCAUAUUACAAUCUGUUUCCACAAGUAAAAAAAUAUAUAUAAGAUCAGACAAGCUUGAUCCUCUGAUGCACAUCUUCAAUAUCUAACAUCAUGGAAAUCAAUCAACCCCAGCCAAAAACAUUUGAUCUGUUAUGGCUGAUUGUCAUGCUGAUCAUGUCUCUAGUGUUGCUUCACACCUUUUGGUUGGUAUGAUUGUUUUAGUUUUUUUUGUAGUCCUGGAAUGUGUUUACAAUAUUUGUAUCAGUGAUGUUUUUUUUAAAUUUGAUUUUUUAAGUACUAUGUUACUAACAAAGUGUGAUUCUGUAUGUUUAAUUUUUUUAAUUUGAUUUUUUUACAUUUUACUUAGUCAGGGGGACUGUUUUAAUGUAUCCCUUCAAUUUGUAUUAAAGACCAGGAACUAUGUACCAUUUUAUAUACUCUUAACAAACCUUUUGUUAAAGUGCAUUUUGUUGUACUAUUUCAACUGUCGAAUGCAAUGAGCUAUGAAUGUACAUAGUUUUGUAGGGAUAUAUCUGGCUCAACUUGUUCAUGCUUUGUAGGGAUAUAUCUGGCUCUACUCAAGACGAUGAAACACACUAUAUAUAUAUACACAAAAGUAUGUGUUGACUCCCCUUCAAAUUAGCGGAUUUGGCUAUUUCAGCUACACCUGUUGCGAGCACACGGCCAUGCAAUCUCCAUAGACAAACAUUGGCAGUAAAAUGGCCUUACUGAAGAGCUCAGUGACAGUAAUAUUAAACCGAGGACAGACAGUAAUCGUCUGUCCUCGGUUUAAUACUCACCACCGAGUUCCAAACUGCCUCUGGAAGCAAUGUUAGUACAAUAACUGUUUGUCGGGAGCUUCAUGAGUUAGUUUUCCAUGGCCGCACACAAGCCUAAGAUCACCAUGCGCAAUGCCAAGCGUCUGCUGGAGUGCUGUAGAGCUCGGCUGCCAUUGUCCUCUGGAGCAGUGGAAACGCGUUCUCUGGAGUGAUGAAUCACGCUUCAUCAUCUGGCAGUCCAACAGACGAAUCUGAGUUUGGCAGAUGCCAGGAGAACGCUACCUGCCCGGAUGAUUAGUGCCAACUGUAAAGUUUGGUGGAGGAAUAAUGGGGCUGUUUUUCGUGGUUCGGGCCCCUUAGUUCCAGUGAAGGGAAGUCUUAACACUACAGUAUACAAUGACAUUCUAGAUGAUUCUGUGCUUCGAACUUUGUGGCAACAGUUUGGGGAAGACCCUUUCCUGUUUCAGCAUGACAUUGCCCCUGUGCACAAAGCGAGACCCAUACAGAAAUGGUUUGUCGAGAUCGGUGUGGCAGAAUUUGACUGCCUUGCACAGAGCCCUGACCUCAACCACCAUCGAACACCUUUGGGAUGAAUUGGAACGUCGACUGCGAGCCAGGCCUAAUCGCCCAACCUCACUAAUACUCUUGUGGCUGAAUGGAAGCAAGUCCCCGCAGCAAUGUUCCAACAUCUAGUGGAAAGCCUUCCCAGAAGAGUGGAGGCUGUUAUAGCAGCAAUGUUCCAACAUCUAGUGGAAAGCCUUCCCAGAAGAGUGGAGGCUGUUAUAGCAGCAAAGGGGGGGGGGAACCAACUCCAUUUUAAAUUACCAUGAUGUCCGGAAUGAGAUGUUCAACGAGCAGGUGUCCACAUACUUUUGGUCAUGUAGUGUAUAACCACAUUUUUUUAAAUGGGACCGGAAACACUGUUGAAGGCCCAAUAAGGUUGUCCUGUGUACAUUAACACUGAUGGUAGUGUAAAUACAAAUUAAAGUACCUUGAAAGUG